GGUGGACUCGGCUCGAUUCUGGAGAUACAGACACUCGGUGCGUUUGCGAAGAUGUCCUGUGCGUCGGAGCACGAGCGUGAAAGUUCCGUGGCGCUGCCAUACUUUUUGUCGGUGUUUGCCAGUCUUGGUCCACUGUGGAUGGUGGUGGGUAACGCGUUGAUUACCGUGGUGUUUGGAUGCGUGCAUUACGGACUGACAGUGGCAUUUGAGCGGUGGCGAGGUGUGGAGACGAUGAGCGCGCGGGCGGCGAUGCGUUUCCCAAGCCUGACGUACCUCGUGGCGUACCUAAUGCACCUUGGUAUCUUUGUGGGCUCUAUCUUCAUGCUGGCAAUGCCUGAUGCGCAUCCACAGCACUACGUUAUCGGGGUGAUUGGCGUGCUGUAUGGUGUGGCCUUUCCUGUCGCCACCUGCUACUUCAUUGCGCACUACACCGGUGCGAGCUUCACAAAGUACUGGCAGUUCUCGAAGAAACCGAUUCACGAGCGAUGGCUGUAUCCCGUUGGGUACUGGUGUCCGCCGGCGCAGGUGCAGAUGUUUGGGAGCAUUUUUACAAGCAUGAAGGGCAGUUAUGUGUACUGGUGUGUGUUCCGAUUGGUGGUGCUCUGCGUUGUGGGAGUGAUUGCUGCUGUGCAGCCGCCGGUGGACAGGUGUCACAUUCCGUACUUCUGCAUGGCGGCGGUGCUGCUUGUGGGUGCGGCAGUAUUGACCUUUACGAACAUGAUGCGCUCUGCGUUCCUGACGGUGAUGCACACGGUGAGUUUCGUGCUUCUGGCGGUGCUCUGCGUGAUCAACGCGGCAAACUACGUCUCGCCUAACGACGGUGGUGUGAGGGCUUACGCGGCGAUUGUGCUGCUGCUGAUGUUCGUGCUGCUCGGGAUUGCGGUGUACAGCGGUGUGAUGUGGUACGUGGAGACCCACUACUGGCAGGAGCUGCGCGAGCCACGGCGGGGUGCGCUGGAGGCGAUGCUGAACGCCGAUGCGGAGAGCGACAGCGACGGGCAGGGAUAUGGCGACGGCGCGUCAUCGCAGGCCUUCAGCAAGACCGACGCGUCGUCGUACCGCCCGCCCGCCCCGCCGCGGCGCGAGACCGCUAGUGACUACGCGGCCGCCCCGUCGAACCCGCUGCCCGCCGUCCCGCAUGCCCCGUCUCCCGCUGCCGACCCCACAGCCGACGCCCUCCGCAUGUUGGACGCCGCGUCAAGUGCAAGCGGCGGCGGCAGUGUCGACCACGGGCUACUCUAA